AAUGAGUAAAGAUCAGAAAUCUUUGGAGGCGAAGAAAUUGGAAGCAGCUCGCGUGGCAGAGUCAUCUAGCAAGACCAAUGACAAAUGCAUUACAGACUUUCUUAUGAAGGGUGCCAGCGGCUUGAUAAUCGGCACUGUAUUCACAGUAUUUUUCACACGGCCCCGAACAUAUCCGAUCUGGUUGGGCUUGGGUGUUGGCAUGGGCCUGGCCUACGACUGCUGCCAGAAACGGUUGGCCACCGUGGACGAUAAUCAACGAUAAUGACACGUACGCAGAAUGAACACAGCAGACCAGACGAUGCUUUGUACCACAAAAAGAAAGUCCAUUAUGUGGUAGAGGCUCCCUCCAAAAGCGCUGUUUUGGUCCCGUCCCUAACUAACUGCUAAUCCAGACUUUCUUCUAAUUCAAAUUCAAUUUAUCAGCAGAGCGAAGCAUAUUUAAUUAAAUCAUUUUUCAAAAUGGUUUUUACAUGUUAAA